AUGGCGACCACCGCAGCGCUCUCCUUCCUCUUCCUCUUCCUCACGCUGGCAUCGGUUCUUUUGCUCCUCAGGUUGCUCCGGAGGCUCCGGAACAAGAAGCAGCAGCUGCAGCGCCGCGGCCUCCGCCUCCCGCCGAGCCCGCCGUCCCUCCCCGUCAUCGGCCACCUCCACCUCUUCAAGAAGCCGCUCCACCGCGCGCUCUCCGCUCUCGCGGCGGCGCACGGGCCGGUGCUCCUCCUCCGCUUCGGCUCCCGCCGCGUCAUCCACGUCGCGGACCCCGCCGUCGCCGAGGAGUGCCUGACCGACCACGACGUCACCUUCGCCAACCGCCCGCAGCUCCCCUCCGCGCGCCACCUCUCCAACGGGUUCACCACGCUGGGGUCCUCCAGCUACGGGCCCAACUGGCGGAACCUCCGCCGCAUCGCCACCGUCGAGGUGUUCUCGGCGCACCGCCUCCUCCGCUCCGCCGACGUCCGCGCCGGCGAGGUCCGGCACAUGGCGCGGCGACUCUUCCAGGCCGCCGCCGCGGCGUCGUCGGGGCCCUCCAAUCCCUCGCGCGCCGACGUGAAGGCGCGCGCGUUCGAGCUCGCGCUGAACGUCGUGGCACGGAUGGUCGCCGGGAAGCGUACUUCGCGAUGCACGGCGUCCAACCUGCAGGACUUCGUGCCCGUGCUGGGCCUCGUUGACAUCGGCGGCGCCAGGCGGCGGGCGGUGAGGCUGUCGAGGACGCGCAACGCGUGGGCGCAGAGGCUCAUCGACGAGCACCGGCACCGGCACCGCGCCGGCGCCGCGACGGAGGCGAGGACGAUGGUUGGGGACUUGCUGGAGAUGCAGGCGUCGGAGCCAGAGGCGUACAGCGACAAGGUCAUCAGAGCUCUGUGCCUGUCCAUCUUGCAGACCGGAACGGACACUUCCUCGAGCAGCAUAGAGUGGGCCAUGGCGCUGCUGCUCAACCACCCGUCGGCGAUGGCGAAGGCCAGGGAAGAGAUCGACGAGGUCGUCGGCACGGGCCGCCUCCUGGAGGAGGCCGACCUGCCCAACCUCCCCUACCUCCAGUGCGUCAUCAGGGAGACCCUCCGGCUGCACCCGGUCGCCCCGCUGCUGGCGCCGCACGAGUCCUCCGCCGACUGCUCCGUCGGCGCCGGCGCCGGCGGCCGCCGCUACGACGUCCCGGCGGGCACCAUGCUGCUGGUGAACGUGCACGCCAUGCACAGGGACGGGCGCACGUGGGGCCCGGAGGCGGAGAGGUUCUCGCCGGAGAGGUUCGAAGGCGGGAGGAGCGACGGGAAGUGGAUGCUCCCGUUCGGGAUGGGCCGGCGGCGGUGCCCCGGCGAGGGCCUCGCCGUGAAGGUCGUCGGCCUCGCGCUCGGCACGCUCGUGCAUUGCUUCCAUUGGAGCAGGGUUGGUGACGAGGAGGUUGACAUGGCUGAAGGGUCCGGGCUGACCAUGCCCAAGGCUGUUCCGUUGGAGGCAUUGUAUUGGCCUCGUCCAGAGAUGGCUCCAACCCUAAGGGCACUGUAG